GGAAAGGAGCGGCAGGGAGGUGUCCUCCCGCCCAUUUCUAAAGAGCAAGCGGAGCGGGCUUGAAGGGGGCAGCAGGGAGGUAUCCUGCCGCCCGAAUGUUAACCACAGAGAAGUCAUUUGGAUAUUGAAGCGGGCGGCAAGGAGGUACCCUGCCGCUGGAUUUCUACACUAAAUACGGCACCAAAGGUGGAAAGCGGCAGGAGGGCAAGUGCAGUGCUAUAGAAUUGGAGAAGUGCCUAAAGAGAUUGCUUCUACUACCAUGAGAAUUUAUAUCAGCCACAGCAAGAUCAAACAGCUCCAGAUCGCUGAUGUCAGCAGACUGUCUGCCCUUGAAGAAUUUGUCCUGAUUUGCAGUGGGACAGAAUCAAUGGAGAAGAAUACUUUCAAAGCUCUGGAUGCAUUGAGGACUCUGGAACUCUGGAAUAAUAAACUAAGCUACGUACCUACCUCACUCCCAGCAAACCUUGAAGUACUGAAACUGGGUGACAAUUUAAUUAGAGUUCUACAUGAAUCUGAUUUUGAAGGUUUACAAAAAUUAAGGGUAUUUGAUAUACAAAGCAAUUUGAUUUUGGCUCUUUCCUUUAGCAUCCUUUCAUCCCUUGGCAAUUUACAGAGUUUGACUUUGGAUGGAAAUAAUAUGGAAUCUGUUUCUGGAUCACUCCAACUUCCCAACCUGAAGUAUCUCAGCAUGGCAAAUAAUAAACUGAAAUCUUUUCCAGAAAACCCUUUUUCAUCUCUUCACAACUUGCUGUUUCUCAAUUUGAAUGGCAACUUACUGACUAAUGCCCCCUUGGAUCUUCCUAAAUCCUUGCUGUCAUUGAAGUUAGGGAGAAACCAACUCAAAGUGCUUGCAUUUGGAGGCAUGAAACAACAGGCAAACUUGUCAAAGCUUUCAGAGCUUUGUCUGUCUGAAAACCAGCUUUCAUCAGUUGUUGGUACUCAGUUUCUUUCCAGCUUAACCACACUGGAGCUGUCUGGGAACAAACUCCAAAGAAUACCACUCAGAUUGCCCGCCACACUACAGAAAUUAGACUGCAGCAAUAACCUGAUUGAGACAGUUAAAGCACAAGAAUUCCAGGAUCUAAAAAAUCUCAAGCAUUUAUUCCUUGACAACAAUAUUGUUACCACAUUUGAGGAUGGGGCGCUUCAGAAAUGCACAAUACUGUUGAAUCUAGCUCUUGAGCAAAAUCGACUUCCUUCUGUUCCAUUAAGACUUCCACAUAUGCUAGCCAGACUGGAUUUGAAAGGAAACAGGAUAAAAAGAAUUAAAGAACAAGAACUGAAGGACCUGGGGCACCUACAGGUUUUAAAUCUCCGAAACAACAAUAUAUCUGCCCUAGAUCAUGGUCUUUUGAUACAUUUGCCUCGUCUCAGGUAUCUGUAUCUGGAAGGCAAUCCGUGGAAUUGCACUUGUGAACUGCUCAAAACCAGAAGAGUGCUCACAGCCACAGGCACAGAUGUCAAAGGAGGACAAUGUACAGCACCAGCAGAAAACCAGGGUGAGAGCUGGAUGUCAUCAAAAAGGAUCCUGCAUUUGUGUGUGCAUGACAACCUCUAUUCAGCUGAACCAGGGGAAGAAAUCAGAAAAAAAGCAAAUGCAGAUGAUCCCCCCAAUCUCAGAGUAAACAUGGAUGACUAUUAUGAUUAUGAACUAGAUUAAGUACAAGCUUCUAAACUUCUAAGGAUAUCUUUUCAAGAACUGCAAGUUAAUUCAAAGCAAAUCACCAAGACUUCUCUCUUAGCCUAAACUGAAUUGAAACAGUUUUUACCAAAGUAAAAGGAUGUAAUGUUUUUUGUUGUACUGUCUGAUCUACGAUCGUAAUAAAGUUUGUCUAUCUAUCUCUUAGCCUACAA